AUGAGGAAGGAGAACCAGAGCAGCAUUUCUGAGUUCCUCCUCCUGGGGCUCCCCAUCCAGCCAGAGCAGCACGGCAUGUUCUUCACCCUGUUCCUGGGCAUGUACCUGACCACAGUGCUGGGGAACCUGCUCAUCAUCCUGCUCAUCAGGCUGGAUUCUCGCCUCCACACCCCCAUGUACUUCUUCCUCAGCCACUUGGCCCUCACAGAUGUCUCCUUUUCAUCCGUCACGGUCCCCAAGAUGCUGAUAAACAUGCACUUUCAAGAUCAAUCCAUCCCCUAUGCAGGGGGUAUAAUACAGAUGUAUUUUUUCAUAUUUUUUACUGAUCUGGACAAUUUCCUUCUCACCUCCAUGGCGUAUGAUCAGUAUGUGGCUAUCUGUCACCCUCUCCACUACACCACCAUCAUGAAAGAGAGGGUGUGUAUCUUGCUAGUAGCUGUAUCCUGGAUCGUCUCCUGUGCCAGUGUCCUGUCUCACACCCUCCUCUUGGCCCAGCUGUGCUUUUGCGCUGACAACACCAUCCCCCAUUUCUUCUGUGACCUUGGUGUCCUGCUCAAGCUCUCCUGCUCAGACACAUCACUUAAUGAGCUGGUCAUUUUCACAGCAGGAGUGGUAGUCAUUGCCCUCCCUCUAAUAUGCAUCUUGAUCUCUUAUGGCCACAUUGGAGCCCCAGUCUGA